UGAUUAGAUGAUGGUAGUAACAUAUCUAAUAAAAUGACGUUUUAACAGAUUUCUCGGUUCACCGGCCGCCCCCAUUCGCAGUUCCUUUGUUCUUACUACUCUUUUCUGUUUAUAAACACAAUCCUCAAAUUGAGGACGAAAGCUCAGAGGCAAAAAUUGGGAGGAUGGGUGCAAUGUCUUGGCCUACUCAGGACGAGUUACAUGAAAUCAGAAAGAUAGUGUCUGAAAUGGCAGGAAAAGGUACAGCAGACGUUCGAGUUGUUGUAUCUCCUUACAGGAUUUGUCCAUUGGGAGCUCAUGUCGAUCAUCAGGGUGGAAUUGUUUCUGCUAUGACAAUUAAUAAGGGAAUACUAUUGGGAUUUGUUCCUUCUGGUAGCACUGAGGUUGCAUUACGCUCAGGUCAAUUUAAAGGAGAAGUUAGGUUCAGAGUUAAUGAAAACCAUAAACCAAGACAGACCAUUAGCAAGGGUGAAGAGAUUAACGCAGAUAAAUCUUCUCCGUCACCAGAUGAAUUUGAAUGGGGUAUUUAUGCUAGAGGAGCCUUGUAUGCAUUACAAAGUAGAGGGAACCAUCUUGCUCAGGGAAUCAUUGGCUACAUCUGCGGAUCUGAGGGUCUGGACAGUUCAGGCCUUAGCUCUUCAGCUGCUGUUGGCAUAGCUUACCUGCUGGCUUUGGAAACUGCAAAUGGUUUAACUGUAUCUCCCAGAGAAAAUAUUGAAUAUGACAGGGUGAUUGAAAAUGAGUAUUUAGGUCUGAGAAAUGGCAUACUGGAUCAAUCAGCCAUACUGCUUUCAAGCCAGGGUUGUCUAACUUACAUGAACUGCAAAACUACUGAGCACAAGCUUAUACGCCCUCCAAAGUUUCUGGAGGAUCAAGAAGCUGAACCACAGAAAGGCUACAAAAUAUUACUGGCAUUUUCAGGACUUAGGCAAGCUUUGACCAACAAUCCUGGAUACAAUUCUCGAGUUGCUGAAUGUCAAGAAGCUGCCAAAGUUCUUCUGAAUGCUUCUGGAAAUAAAGAAGUGGAGCCCUUCCUCUGCAAUGUUAAACCAGAAGUUUACGAAGCGCACAAGUUCAAACUGGAACCAAAUCUAGCCAAAAGAGCAGAGCAUUACUUUUCAGAGAAUAUGCGGGUUAGAAAAGGAUUAGAGGCUUGGGCUUCAGGAGAUUUGAGAGCCUUUGGAGAGCUAAUGACAGCUUCUGGUCUAAGUUCUAUUAAAAACUAUGAAUGUGGGUGUGAGCCACUAUUUCAACUAUACGAGGUCCUAUUGAGGGCACCAGGCGUCUUUGGAGCUCGGUUCAGUGGAGCUGGAUUCAGAGGCUGCUGUGUUGCAUUGGUAGAUGCAGCUCGUGCAACGGAAGCAGCAAAAUUUGUGAGGGUAGAAUAUCCAAAGCUACAGCCAGUGUUCGCUAGCCAAUUGAGCCAUGGCACUGCUGUUUUGAUUUGUGAAGCUGGUGACUGCGCCCGUAUUUUCUGAUUUUUUUUUAACUUUCCUUCUUUUCUAAUUUGAUUCAUUUCUUCCUUUCUACUCUGACUUUGUGUUUGCAGCAUCUAUAAACUGAAUUUCAGAAACAUAUUAUUAUCAUUAUUAUUGUUCACCAUUAUCAACAACAAUACUAUCAGUCUCUCUGCAA